GGAAUAAGUAUGACGAGAGGAGAUGCGAGCAUGCAACUGGUAUCGGUUCCUUGUGUUGUGCAUGCUCGCUGCGGCUCUCCUGGGAGUCCUCAACCUCUACUUCGGUCAGCCUCCGCCGGAGCCGUGCGGGUGCGACUGCACGCAGGCCCUGGCAAGGCAGCGAGCCGAGCUCAAGGUCUUCUACGAGCAUGAGAUCGAGACGAAGGAAAAGAAAAUCAAGCAGUUGGCGGAGUCUGCAUCGGCUCUGCGUGACUCUAUGAAGACAGCUGAGGUGGAAAUAGUAGAGGAGGGGACGGGGCGUCACCGGUUGGCGGUAUUAGUGCCGUUCAGGAACAGACAUGAAGAACUCCAAGAGUUUGUGCCGCACAUCCACCGGUUUCUGUCCAGACAGAGUGUCCUUCAUGACAUAUGGAUCAUAAACCAGGCCGACUCCUACAGGUUCAACAGAGCCAGUCUCCUCAAUGCUGGGUUUCUCAUGAGUCGCGAUCGCUGUGACUACAUCGUCAUGCACGACGUGGACCUCUUGCCCGACAACGACCAGCUACAGUACAGCUACCCUUCCUCCGGACCCUAUCACAUCUCCUCUCCCUCCCUCCACCCUCUCUACCACUACAAGACCUUCGUUGGUGGUGUCCUGUCACUCACACGGGGACAGUUUGAGCAGGUGAACGGGAUGUCAAACCUGUUCUGGGGCUGGGGGAGGGAGGACGACGAGUUCUACCAACGAAUGAAGGAAGCCGGAAUGACAAUUCAGUACCCGACUGGGAUAACCACGGGCUACAACACCUUCAGACACAACCACGACAAAAAGAAGAGACCUCGUGACCAGGAGUCAUACUACAGCAAACAAAUAAAGAGCGUAAUGAAAGAUCGCUCCUCUGGACUAAGCUCACUUCAAUACACUCUAGUCUCUCACGUGAACAUGACUAUUAACAAUGCUCCGUUUCACUUUGUCAGCAUUGAGUUGCACUGCGAUCCCGAUGUCACCCCAGCCUGCGUCAGCAAACAAAGAUAGUGUCGUGUAACUCUGAUUUUUAUACUAUUAGAAAUUUUGACUGUUUGAGCUGCCGAAAGAGCAUGCUGAUUAAUUGACGAGUUGUGAGUGUGUUUUGGGUAUUUCAGGUUUGAGUGCUGACAGAAGUAAAGGCUUUGGAACAAAAAUAAUGACGGACAAGAUUGGUACUCAACUGAUUGAUUACAGGAUAAGAGUAAAAUGAUGAGUAAAUGAUCAAUGGGAGGAGUCUGCCGAGAGGUCAAAGAGUUCGUUGGUCGUGAGUUGAUGGGGUCGGAGUACAGCCAGUCGGUCCUGAAGGACUGAGAGGAGGGGCAAAGGGCGGGGCUUGCUCAAGACGAGAGAAGGGAGGUACGCGUCGGCGGAGCUGCAGAGGUUCGAGAGGUGUUUGAGCGACUUGGAGACUUGAGUGAGGUUCCGUCCGAGUGUCGAUUGUCGUUGGGAGGCCUCUCUCCUCACACAGUCCAGGAGCUGGGCAAAUAUCUCCCGACUGGAAGAGCAGGCGUCUUUGACGCUGUUUGUGAGCGUGCGGAUACGUCCGAGGUCAGAGGAGCCAGCGAGAGCCUCGUCAACAAUGUCUCUGGCCAUGCAUAUGGCUGCGAGAUCUCGCUUGGUGAGGGUGGCAGAGUUUGGGAGACAAAACUGCACGUGGAGUGGCGAGGAUGACUGCUGCAGAAGUUUCAUCUUCAGGCGAAACGAAAGUCCGGCGAGGGUGGCUAGAAACACCUGCCCAAAGUGACUGGCCAGCGGUAUCUCUCUGCUGGUUUCCGUGAGGUGCGGAUCGUCCGCCCCCAUCAUUAUCAUCUGGCUAGCAGCUCCAUCCACGCACUGGAAGUUGGCCGUGCGUGGGAGGGGACAACGCCUGACGUGGAGCUUUCCGUAUGAAUAUGAGAGACCCUGUCGACGGAGGAGACUGGAGUGGCCGGUGAUCAUGGGGAGGUGGGACGGGGCGUCUUUCUCUAGUUUUUUCAGAACUGUUCUCUGAGCCUUCUGGAGGGUCCAAUCGACCGGGAGAACUGUGCCGGGGCUCACUAGAUGUCUGCCGGAGUACAGCUCUGGGGGAACCUCAACGAGGGGUUCGUUGCCACAGAUGUGGCGGAGGAUGAUCUUACUUCCCUGGCCGUGUGUUACAUAGGACUCCAGGGACUCCGGGGCUGGCGUGCUGAGAAACAGCAGCAUGCUUGACUCCUGAGACCUGUCUUGCUCAUCGCCCCUGAAGUGAUUGACAAUAUCAUCGGCAGUCAAUUUCGUGAGGUCGCAGUGUGGAAACACCACCAGUUUUCCUCGAUACGACUCUCUGAACGGAGGGAGGCUUUGAUUAUAGUUGUCUCCGUCGGAGGAGCUGGAGUCCCAGUAAUCAAAAGAGACUUCGAGCAGUUCAAAGAUCCUCUGCC